AUGGGGUUACGCGGCGCGUUGCUGUAAGUAAUAACGCUGGUUGUGGUGGCCAUAGUUGCCAGCAGCUUUCAACCAUCGGGUGGCGCCAUCGUACGGCCGACACUAAAUUGCAUCUACAAUGAACCAGCAUGUACGUUUGCCGAUGCGUCGGUGCGCAUUACCGGUGAGAGUCAGCGGCCCGCGUACCAACUGGCGAUGGGUGGGUACGAUGGUGUGUCACGCGUCACGGUCACAUUUGCGAACAGCGUGGUGGAGUAUGUCCCGGGGUCGGUGUUUGCACCGCUGCCGAAUGUUACAACCCUCCGUCUGAUCGGGACGCAAACGCGCGUACUGGAUGAGGACGCCUUCCAGGGUUUGGCACGCAUUGAGGCGAUUACGAUUGCCGAUAAUCCGCUGGAGGUACUGCCGAAAGCGAUCUUCCGCGGACUGCACGACCUGGUGACGCUGAAGCUCAACGGUAUCGGGCUCGGUGCCGUGGCGCCCGAGUGGUUCCGGGAUCUGCGACAGCUCAACACCUUAACACUCGCCAAGAACCGUGUGCGCACGCUAGAUGCCACCGUGUUCCAGCACUGCCCGCGGCUCUUUACCCUCGACCUGUCGAGCAACGCUAUCGAAAGUUUGCCGGCCACGGUGUUCGACGCACUGGGCGUGCUAGACUCCCUCAAGCUCGACAACAACCGUCUCGAGGAGGUGCACGAGAAUUUGUUCGCCAACACGGGCGAGCUGCGGGCGCUGAAUCUUAGCAACAAUUCGCUCACCUUCGUAUCGCCACUGUUGCUGCGGAACCUAAGCCGGCUGGCGGAGCUGCAGCUGCGCUGGAACCGCAUCGAAGACUUCCAGCUGCUGCUGUUCCCCUCGAUCGUACCGUUCGCGCUCGAUCUGGGAAACAAUGAGCUCGGUUACUUUGAUCGCACCAUGCUUACCGUGCUGGAAAAUCUCGAUACCAUCUGGCUGAACGAUAAUCGCCUUACCGGCAUUGCGCCCGAUACGUUUCACGGUGCGGUCAACACCACGGCGAUAGUGCUGGACGGCAACUAUCUGGAGGUGCUGCCGGUGGAGCUGCUGGCGGGGCUCACGCAUUUGCGGGUGUUUUCCGCGAGCGGCAACAAAAUAAAAACCGUCCCCGAGGAGCUGUUUCUCGAGAAUCUCGAGGUGAAACGGAUACGGCUUGCUGGCAACUUGAUCGAAACGUUGCCGGGAAAGUUUUUCGCGGAGCUGCCCGUGCUGGAGGAGCUGUCCCUCGAGCGGAACAAUAUCGUGGAGCUGCUGGUGGACGCAUUGGUGGACUGUCCGAUGCUGCGCGUAAUACAGCUGGGACACAAUCAGCUGACCACGAUUCCGGCGCGUACGUUCGCCCAACAGCAGCAAAGCCUUCGUUCGCUCGACGUCAAGGCGAACCACCUGACGGGCAUGGAGUUUGUCAAGGGCUUAAAGCAGCUUGGCCGGUUAGAUCUGGAGGGAAACAGGCUGCCGCAGCUCGAGGGAAAUGCGUUCGAGGGUACGCCAAACGUAGACGUGUUGCUGCUGGCACACAACAGUUUGGCCCGGUUGACGAACGAAAGUUUCGCCGGACUGCACAAGCUCAGCGUGCUCAAUGUGUCGCACAAUGUAAUCAAAUCCAUAGAGCCUGACACUUUCCAGGGUAUGUCGGUUUUGCACGAGCUGCAUCUGAACGGAAACGAGCUUAAAAGAUUACCGGACGGUGUAUUCGCAACGCUUGGCGCACUCAAGACACUCGCGCUCGAAGGCAACGAGCUGGAGGCGAUAUCUCCCACGCUGUUGCAAAGCCUACCGUCGCUUCUGGAGCUCAGCCUGUCCAACAACCCGAUCGCUAACGUUGACGAGCAAACGCUGCUCCGCAACUUUGACUUGCAAAGUGUGGCGCUUAACGAGGUACGCUUGCCGCGGCUCACCAAGGAUCUUCUACCGCGGCCCAAGAUGUUGCGCUUCCUCAGCCUGGAACGGUGCUCCAUUGCGGAGAUUGACCCGGAAGCGUUUCGGCUGUUCGGUUCGAUGUUCCCGCUGGUGGUACUGUUGCGCGGAAACGCGCUAACGCAGCUGCCGAAAGGGUUGUUCCGCACCGCACGCAUGCUGACGGUGUUGGAUUUAUCGCUAAAUCAACUCACCGACUUCAACCCGGACGUGUUCACCGCCGACAACUCGCUGCACGAGCUCCACCUGGAGGGUAACCGGAUUCAGCAGCUGCGGACGGGAGAGUUUCUUAAAUUCCCCGCCCUGCGGGUGCUAAACUUGAGGGCCAACGCGAUCGAAUCGAUACCGUACGGGACGUUUGCGGGGUUGGCGAACCUGACGGUGCUCGAUUUGGGUCACAACCCGCUGACACAGCUCCCGCCGGGCGUGCUUGCCGCGUUGACCAGCCUCGAGUCCGUCAGCCUGGAUGCGCUGGGCGUACAGUCGCUGGACAGGGAUACGUUCAUUAAUCAACCGAACCUGCAGCACCUUUUCCUGCAGGACAAUCAGCUGCACGAACUGGGGACCGAUUUGUUCCGGAAAAAUGCCGCCCUGAAGCAGCUCAGCAUUGCCAACAAUUCCUUCGCCAGCUUCGAGCUGCACCACUACAGGCAGCUGAACGAGUCGCUCCGCUCGCUGGACGUGUCCGAUAACCUGAUCGAACUGUUCAUCGUGACGGCGGCGUUGGAGGAAUUGCGAGCGUCACGAAACCGAAUAACGAACGUCUUCUCGAUGGCCGACGAGGAACCGACGCUGGUUCAUAUCGAUCUGUCAUCAAACCAGCUCGCCUCCAUCGAGUACAUGGGCAAUUUCAAACAUCUGGAAUCGUUGGACGUUUCUAACAACCCGCUCGAGGAGUUAGAUUUCACACAUCUGGGUGCGUUCUUCAACCUGACCCAUUUCAACGCUUCCUCCCUGAGCGUGCCCUCGAUGGAGCUGCAAACGCACGGCAUGUUGCUACCGACGCUAACCAGCCUGGACUUGUCCAACAACGGUAUCGGCACGGUGUCGGUGGAGUUUCUGAACAGCUUCCCAAGGCUGACCAAGCUCUACCUGCAAGACAAUCCGCUGCACGGGCUCAAUUAUUCGUUCUUUUUCGAAACGCUGCCAUCGCUGACUUUGCUCGGGUUGGAUCCAUGA